AUGGCAUGUGGCAUUCCCCACUACAGCUCAACUCCUAUACUUGAUUUGGACUUAGUUGGAUUUUAUGAAGCCAAAACAGUGUGCUCAGGUCGAGAGAAAAUUAAAAUGAGUUCAGCAAGUAGAGCUUGGUUGGUGGCAGCUGCUAUUGGAGGUGUUGAGGCCUUGAAAGACCAAGGCUUCUGUAGGUGGAACUACGCAUUGAGAUCACUACACCAACAUGCCAAGAACCAUGUCAGAUCAGUCUCUCAGGCCAAGAAGCUUUCCUCUUCAUCUUCUGCAAUGAUUUCAAGUAAAGCCAAGGAAGAGAAGGCAAAGCAAUCAGAGGAGUCUUUAAGAAAAGUCAUGUAUUUGAGCAGUUGGGGUCCUUAUUAA